AUAGAAAAUGAGAGUCGAUAUUUAAUGCCAGAAAUCUCAUAACAAACUUCAUUUGUGAGUGAGUUCCGAAAUUGCGUCUGAAAUUUUUUUUUCCCGCGCAGGGGGAAAUGUUUGAUUCCGGGAUGGCAGCUGUAAGCUUAAGCAUAAACGGGCAGCCGGCCGUCCUUCUACAGCCCGAUACUGUUUACCGCAUUGGGCGCAAGGAAGCAUAUGAGUUCUGUGUCGCCGAUGAAUCCAUGGAGCUGUUGCAUGCUUUGGCAAUUGUCUAUCGAGCGGGUGUCCUUCGCGUGUUGGCGCUGAUGGGAAAGGUAUUCGUGAAUGGCCUGGAGAACGGCAAUGUGGACAUCAGCCGAAAGGAUGCCAUCGAUGGAAAGGUAAAGUUACGCUUCGGUAAUGUGGCAGCCGAAGCGCAAAUAAUGGAACCUAUUCAGCACCAUGAUAGCAGUGGAUUCGGCGAAUCCCUCAAGGACACAUCCGUCGAUACAACAUCAGACAGUCUCGUUAUACCAGAAACGGAGGUGCAGUCGGUCAACACAAGUGCUAAUACAACGGUUGGUAGCUUUUUUGUACCCGAAACCCAAGCUGUGGUCUUUGAUAAAGGAGUCUCGAAGGGCGGCAAAGUUUCGCUGGGCGAUGACUUCAUGAUACCCGAGACGCAAGAUCUCCUUAGUACUCCACCAGUUGUUGUCCACAAUGAGAAAUCCAAUUCUAUCGAUGAAGAUGCCUCUGAAAUGGGCACGCAGAUACGCAUUUGCACCCAGGAAUUCAAUAAUUUCGAUGAGGAUGCAUUUGAUGACUUCGAUUCAUCUAUGAUAAUGGGAGAUUCUGUGACGGCACUAUCGCUUCGUCAGCGCAUUGAAAACAAAAACAAGCAGGAUGUCGAUGAAAAGGACCUGGAACUGAGUGCCUUAAAUUGGUCUGCAACUAAUCCAAAAUGCACUGUCUUGAAUAGCACCAAGGCGGGAGAAUUGUCUCCUCGGGAACUUGCUUGUAUUGCACCAGACCUAUCCGGCCAGAAUCCAUCUCAAAAUGCAAGAAAUUGUACUCCUGAUCUAUUUGAUUUGAUGAAUGCUGGUAAUGUACUGUCCGCAAAAACAAUCGACAAGAUUCAGGAAAAGGCAGCCAAAAUUGGGAAUACACCCGAAGAAGGAGUCGUUGAAAAGAUAGCAAGCAAGCGAGUAGGAAGACCGAGAAAGAUCAAAACACCAACAUCAACACCGCAGGACACCAUACAGAGUAAGAUAAAGAAGGAGAACCCACCAGAGAAAGAAAAUGCGAAUACUAGUGCAGUGGCAAAACGGAGGGUGGGCAGACCUAGGAAGUCCCAAAAACCAACAGAAGAUAAACCAGAACUAAAAGUGAGAAGAAGUGAGACAUCAUCUACAACAGAUAAGAUCACUACGAGGAACACGUCAGAGGAGAAAGCUAAAGGAGAACCACAAUCCAAAGCUGCUGAAACUCGAGAAUUUCGGGAACUUGCUUGUAUUACACCAGACCUAUCCGGCCAAAAUCCAUCUCAAAAUGCAGGAAAUUGUACUCCUGAUCUAUUUGACUUGAUGAAUGCUGGUAAUGUACUGUCCGAGAGAUCCGCCACACCAACGCUUUGCGGGCUAAAGCAGUUGAUUGUGGCCACCAUAGAGACACCAACAGCAACUCCUAUCGAAGUGGAGGACAAAGAAAAUCAGGACUUUAUUGUCACUCCGAGCAAAGAGCCAGCAAGCGAAUCUCCCAAAAAUGGCAACGAAAAUAACGAAACUAAUCAGGAUUUCAUUGCCCCUCAGCCGUUUCCCUUUCACUUAAAGCGCAAGCAAGAAAGAUUGCAAGCAACCGAAUCUCUUAAAGAUCGCCCUGAUGGCGAGCUCAUAAAUCAGGAUUUCAUAGAAACUCAGCCAUUUCCUUCGAAGCUCAAACAAAAUGCCUGGAAAGCAGCCGACUAUCCUAAAGACCGCAGCUAUGAGGAGGAAACUAAUCAAGAUAUCAUUGCCACUCAGCCGUUCCCCUUAUGGAAGAAGAAAAAUAGGAACGCAGCUGAAUCAACUGAAGAACACCGCGACAGUGAGGACAAUCAAGAUUUUAUAGCCACGGAGGCAUUCCCCUCGAUAAGCAAGCAAGCAAGUAAGAACACUCCAGAAAAUAAAGAGAACAUUCCAGUUGAAAAAAAUGAUACAGAACCCAAAGCUUCUACUUCCAAAGACGCAAAAAAUUUGAAUUCUCGUACAUAUAAUGAAAUCAUGGAGAUACUGGACAAAAUGGCUGCAGGCCUUCCACAGCCGCCUGAUGAUCCAAACGAACCUCAAAUUAAGUUCGUUGAACCUUCCAUUAUUAUGGAUGAAAACUAUAAUGCUAAGGUUGCCCGUCUAGAAUCCAUCUAUCCGGACAGGGACAGCAAGCGGCUUUGGGGCUUACCGAAAUUACCCGAAGUCUUGAAUAGCCGCAUAGCCGGAUCGGAGUCACCUCCACGUACUACAAGAAACGCAUGUCAACGACGCCUUUCAGACGAAUCACCAAGAAUUGAGCCCAGAAAACGGCCAGCGGCUGCAGAAAACUCACCCGAACCUAAAAAUAAGAUCAGCCGUCUACCUUUGAAUUCGUUUAUUGAAGAAGAUGAUAAAAAGGCAGCUGACAAGGAGAGUACGCCGGAAUUGGUGGUCAGUAACACACAACUCGAUUCUGCUUCGCAUUCCAAAGUAAAGAAGACAACCGGACCCCAAAAAGAGGAACAGGCAUCUGACAUGGAAAGUUCACCGGAAUUGGUGGUCAAGGUGCGGCCGGGUAGAUCAAAGAGGUCGACUAGCACACAGCUCGAUUCUGCUUCACAUUUCAAAGUAAAGAAGAAAAUUGAACCCAAAAAAGAGGAACAGACAGCUGACAAGGAAAGUUCAUAUUCCAAAGUAAAGAAGACAGUCGAACCCAAACAAGAGGAACAGGAUGUUCCAGAUGCACCACGCAGUCGAUUAAGAAACGCAAAAACAAUCGACAAGAUUCAGGAAAAGGCAGCCAAAAUUGGGAAUACACCCGAAGAAGGAGUCGUUGAAAAGAUAGCAAGCAAGCGAGUAGGAAGACCUAGAAAGAUCAAAACACCAACAUCAACACCGCAGGACACCAUACAGAGUAAGAUAAAGAAGGAGAACCCACCAGAGAAAGAAAAUGCGAAUACUAGUGCAGUGGCAAAACGGAGGGUGGGCAGACCUAGGAAGUCCCAAAAACCAACAGAAGAUAAACCAGAACUAAAAGUGAGAAGAAGUGAGACAUCAUCUACAACAGAUAAGAUCACUACGAGGAACACGUCAGAGGAGAAAGCUAAAGGAGAACCACAAUCCAAAGCUGCUGAAACUCGAGAAUUUCGGGAACUUGCUUGUAUUACACCAGACCUAUCCGGCCAAAAUCCAUCUCAAAAUGCAGGAAAUUGUACUCCUGAUCUAUUUGAUUUGAUGAAUGCUGGUAAUGUACUGUCCGCAAAAACAAUCGACAAGAUUCAGGAAAAGGCAGCCAAAAUUGGGAAUACACCCGAAGAAGGAGUCGUUGAAAAGAUAGCAAGCAAGCGAGUAGGAAGACCUAGAAAGAUCAAAACACCAACAUCAACACCGCAGGAAAACAUACAGAGUAAGAUAAAGAAGGAGAACCCACCAGAGAAAGAAAAUGCGAAUACUAGUGCAGUGGCAAAACGGAGGGUGGGCAGACCUAGGAAGUCCCAAAAACCAACAAAUAACAACAACAAAUAAACCAGAACUAAAAGUGAGAAGAAGUGAGACAUCAUCUACAACAGAUAAGAUCACUACGAGGAACACGUCAGAGGAGAAAGCUAAAGGAGAACCAAAAUCCAAAGCUGCAGAAACUCGAGAAUUGGUCAAAAAACAGCAAGGGUGUUCUCCCGUUUUCCACUUUGAAGAAUAAAUAUUUUUGAGCCCUUGUGGAACCUGUA